CAGUUGUCUUGCAAAUUUCAAGCACCGUUGUGAUUUUUUCAUGUCAUUUAGUAUAAGCGUUGAGGGCCAUAAGUCUGAUUGAAGCGAAGGGAUGGCAGUCACUCCGAUAACGAUUAGUGAUUACCGAGUUGUGAACAACACUCAGGCGAAACAGGGAGACCAAUGGCAAUGGGUCUGGGAUCCUUCCUUGAAGAAAGGGAAGUGGCAACUCAUCGAGAACUCGAAACAGGAGGAGGUAUGCAGACCUGCUGCGACUCGUCAGAAAGUCACAAUACAAGAGCUAGAGGAGUCUUCGCGGAAAGCUGCGGAUGCUCGAGCAGCCAAGUUACGCAGGGAGACGGCUAGGAGACUCAAGCAGAAAGAUGAGAUUGCGAAACAGCAGGAAUGGCAAGAAGAAUUGAGAAUACGGAAAGCGCUGGAAGAGCGCAGGGCGCAGAUUGAGGAGAACAGGUCCCUAAUUACAGCCGGAGCGAGAGUGAAACCCUUGGAGGUGCGAUUCGACGACGUGGUCGUGCCGAGUGUGAAGGAGGAAGAACCCUCGGCUGUGAGUAGAAACCCCAAUGGCAAGCUCGUCAAUGGAGAAAAACCGGCAUGGAACGCGGGGGUGGGUCCUGGCAGUGGCUCUCAACGGGUGGGUUAUCAACCCCCCUCGCUCAUUCCUCCCCCAACAAUCAUCACGAGGGACCAUGACAGGUGGGUAAGACCCACGUCCAACAUGCUGGCCGACUCCUCGCGUCAAGGGACAGCAGCGUCUUCUCGGAGUAGACAUCAG